AGGAGGGAGAGAGAGAGGGGGAGUGGGAAGUGAGAGGGUGGAGACAAAGGCACGUUAGUGAGGAUACCGGCUGGUGUGGACAGAGAGACAUAGAAAAGUUUCCAGAAUUGCUCAGGGCUACUCUCAAACGUUCAGUACCUCUGGGUUCUUCAGCAGGAUGGCACAGACGUUGCCUUUGUUGGUGUUUGCAGUCCUGAAUUCUCUGAGCUGUCACAGUGAGGUGAGGGCCAGGGACCCUGACGUGGAGGAAGAAGAGGCAGUGGGGCUGGGAGAAAGGGCACAGCAGAUGCCCGGCGCCUUCGGAACUGAUCACCUACCCACACAUGAUCAUCGACAUCACAGCAUCUCAGUCUCAAUGGCUCCUGUUGGCGCACCUCAAAACUCUGUGAACCCCUUAAGAGAGAGACUGCAUCCUCCUGCACAUAGAGGAAACUGGUGUUCAUAUGUAAAUCAACGUGUGGUCACUACAGCUUUACUGUGUGGCACUGAGACCCAGACAGUUAAAUCAGUGAACCCCUGUCCCGAUGGAGUUCCAGACUGCCAAAUCAUCAUGUAUAAGUUGUCCUCACGGCCUAUGUACAAGCAAAAGCAGACUACACUUUCUUCAGUGCACUGGCAGUGCUGCCCGGGUUAUAGAGGACACAACUGCCUGGAAAAAGACAAAUCUCCAGAGGAUGAGGACAAUGUCUCAGCAAAGUCCAGGCAGGACCAGUCGGAAAGCCAACAUUCUGGAGAAUCUAAGGUUAACGACAACAACGGCUCAGGCGGUCCAAUACUGACUGACCAACUAGAGGACAUAGACUGGGACGACAAGCCUCAACAGGAGCAUACAAUUCGUGGUCCUCAUCAGAGCCCUGUUGGUGCAAAAGAAGGGAUCCCUACCUCUCAACCUCUGCCAAUACUUGAUUCAUCUAUUCUCCUGUCAAUGCAUCAGUUGAUGUCAAUUAUGAUGAGUCAACUUCAGCCAGUGCUGGAAAGCUUCAAUCAAACACUGCAGCAUCUGUCCGGCGAGGUGGACGCGCUGUCUAGGGACAUGCAGCAGUUGCGGCUGGAACAGUUUGGGGAUGCAUCCAGACGGACUGAAGCUCGCAGUGGAAAUAUUGAGGAGAAAUUAGAGUACAGCCAUCUGCAGAUCAGCGAGAUGAAAACUCAACUAGACACACAGAAAGACCAGAUGGAGAGAGCAUUUCAGAUUCAGCAAGACAUUCUGCAGCACAACCUAACAAAGCUGAAGGACGAGAUGGAGGAUCAGAUCAGUCAGAGCAUAGAUGCACAGGUGAAUCUCCAGUCUCUUAGCGUGUUGGUUGAAAAAGUAAGACUUGGACAGAAGAGGCUGGAAGGGACACUGCAGAGAGAACGUGCCGAGUCGGUCGAACCAGCGCAGGAGUCAAGAGUGUGGGAGGCCAUCACUCGACUGGAUGAGAGGGCACAAAAAAACUCUGCACAGCUCAGCAGCUUGUCUGACACCUCAGAAGACACUGCUAGUGCUCUCCAAACCCUGCGAGAGAAUCUACUGAAUCUGGGCCAGAAAGUAGAAGAGGUCAAAAAGGACUCGGAGGUCCACUUUGCAGAAACCGGUUUGGAGGUAGAAGCAGUUCGGGUCAGGGUGCUUCACAGCAUUAGCGAGCUUAAGGCUAAUGUAAGUGCACACGAAGGCCAGCUGAGAGAAAUAGAGCUGGACCUGAACAACAUCUAUCAUCAACUAAAGAGAAAUGACUCGCCUAUUGCAGCGCAAGCCUGUAACUGCGCGUCCAUCGCUGACUCUCUGGUGAGGCUUGAAAUGGAGGUGGCGAACGUGACACGCUUAGCGAAAAAGAACCAACUUGCAUUUGAAGAUGCAGAGAUGGAGAGGAGUCAGACUCGCUGGAUGACAGAAGUGGAAGAUCUUCAUCAGGGCCUGCUGAAUAUGAAGGAAUCGCUGGCCUUUGAACAAGGCAGAAGCAGAAUUAUAAACAACAAUAUAUCCCAGCUAAAGGCUUCACUUUUAGACAGCCAGAUGGAGAUGCGCAGCCUGAAAGAGAAGGACGAGGCAAAGUCGACAGAAAUUCAAGGCCUGGCGGCCACCUUUUCUUCGCUCCUUAGUGAUGCUCUACGCCACUCCGAGGUCCUGGAGGUGCUACUAGGAGAGGAGGUCUUGGAAUUCACCACAUGGUCUCACAACCAACAGAAAGAGCUCAGUAUACCAAAUCUUUUACAGAAAAUACACUCCAUGCAGCACAAAAUUGAGAACCAUGAUAGGAGCCUAGCCUCCCUUCGGAAAAAGCGUCCGGAGGAAGGUGAGAUGCAUAGUGAUGACCCUGUGGCAUAUUCGGAUUGGACCAGCACAAAGAAUCAGUUAGGCUACCCGACACCGGAUCCGUCCACCGGAGAGGAUGAAGAUGAUGAUUAUUCAGUCAGUGACUUCUGGAGUCUGGGAAAGGAGGUGGAGGAAUUAGCAGGCCGAAUAAACCUGCUGGAGGAGAGUUGUGGCAACUGUACUGUGACCCCUGGUGGCUCUGCUGUGGAACUGCAGGUGGAUAUAGCAUCACUACGUCAAACCCUGGAGGAUCAUUUGAGAACGUUUGAAAAACUGUUCAGUCAUACAGAAGAACUAACCAGCUCUGGUAGAAGCCUGAAUCUGGAUGAUGUUUGGAAGCUGGUUAGGAGGAAAGAAAGGAACAACAGAAGACAAAACCCCAACCAGGAAAAGACAGAGAGUGGAAAUGAAAACUCUUCCAGGAGAGGCAAAAGAUACAGUAAAACAGGCAAUUGAGAUACUUCAUUUAAUAAAAAUUUGAUUGAUGUGGUCCUGUAGCUCAACUUGUGCCAUGGGUACGAACCACAGGGAACACACAUACUGAUAAAUAUAUAUAUAGAUUUAAUGCACUCUAAGAUGCUUUAGAUAAGUGCCUGCCAAGUGCAUAAAUGUGAAUGUAGAAAACGUAAAUACAUUAUAUUAGUACUGAAAUAACUACAUUAAAGGGCUAGUUCACCCAAAAAUGAAUGUCAGUAACCAAACAGAUCUCAUCCCCCAAUGACUCCCAUUGUAUUUAUUUUCCCUACUAUAGUAAAUGGGGAAUAAGAUCUGUUUGGUUACUGACAUUCUUCAAAAUAUCUUCCUUUGUGCUCAGUAGAACAAAGAAAUGCAUACAGGUUUGGAAUCCACCUGAGGGUGAGUAAACGAUGACAGAAUUUUCAUUUUUGGGAGAACUGUCCCUUUAAAUUGCAGAUGCAACAACACUGCCCCUCCAUGGACACAACUAUAACUACACUAUGACAAAGCAUUUGUGAUCAGUCUGUGAGAACCCAGCUAACGUUAGUCAUUUUUUGUGAUUCCCCCCACAAACUCAUCUUAAAUAAUGUAAAGUACAUCCUGAGACAAUAUAACUGUAUAAACAUCUUUAAUAUUGAUAGAGCGAGGAGUAAGGUCAAAGAUUAAAACCAUAGUGAAAUUAUUGGUUGAAAUCAAAUUUAACGUAGUUAAAUGACUUGAGCCUGGUUUUCAGAGUCCAGUCACAUUUUGUUGUUGACUGAAUAUAUUGUUAACAUUUUUUAUGAAUCAUCUUAGAUUACGUUUUAUUACCGCUUUCCCCUGUGGUGUUUGUCUCAAACCUGGACCACAGAACGACGCCGAGCGGGGAGCUCACGUCAACUAACACGGCUGUGAACCACGGUGGCGCUUUUAA